CCAGAGUCGUCUUUCCCAUGUGAAGUCUGUAUACCGAUUUGAUGUGGGGAUGUUAUUGGGCCGGGAUGUCCUGUUACACCCUUCAGGCCGGUCAAGGUUACAUGAGGCUACCAACAGACCGUUGUGUGGAAAGAUGUGUCCUAAUUCGGGAAGGCACACCGGAAGUUCACAAAGUACCUAUAUAAGCGUGGUGUGGCCCCCCGGGAAAAAAAAUUGUGAUAAAACAAACACAAGCCUAUUUGAGUCCCGACCGGCCUUUCUUCCAUCACUCAAAAGAAAGAAAGCCAUAACAGAAAAUGGCGAAAACACUCCACAAGCAAAUCAACCUUCAAAAAGUCCAGGGGCCAGACAACACUUACACCUGCGACUGGCAUACCGACUGGGCCUUUGGUAUCACCCUCCACGGCGGCUGCACCGCCGCCGGAAUCUAUUCCGCCCUCACCACCCAUCUCGCCCACACCCCCCACCCCGACAUCCUCAAACUCCACCUCGAAUUCCUCCGCCCUUGCACCCGCGAAGCCUCCACCAUAACCAUCACCACCCUCCGCACCGGCGCAACAAGCACAACCCUCCAAGCCACCCUCACCCAAUCCUCCAAUUUCAAGAUCCUCGCCAUCGCCACAGCCAUCAACUUCAACACCCCCCUCGGCCCCUCCUCACCUUCAGAAUGGACCCUCCUCCCCCCUCCCAACCCACUCCCCAAUUUCAAAGCAAUAGAAUCCAACCAAAAAGACCCAAAUUGGGUAAUGGGCAGGAUAAAAGGGGAGUUCUUACCGUUCACAGACCGGAUGCUCAUCCUUGCGCCACGGCAAGGCCACACGACAAACGGGGUUCAUGACGGGUGGUAUAAAUUCCUUUAUGCAAACAAUGACGACGAGGAGUACUCUCCCGAUUACGAAGGCGGGGUGGAUAACACCCUGUUGACGUUCCUGGCGGAUGCACUGCCCAGUAUGUCGGACAUGUUAAUGCGCACUGGUGGUGUGUAUGAUCCACAUGGGAUACACUCCAAGAUGGUGGCUUGGGAAAGUGCAGACACAAGAAACCAGGGCAGGCCGGCGGUGGUGAGGAAUUUGCUCAAGGAUGCGAUGAAGGCGGAGGCGUUUAGUAAUACUGUGACAUUGGAUGUUGAGCUCAAGAAACGGGUGGAUCCGAACAGGGGAAACGGGUGGUUCUUGAUUCGGACAACGGCGAAAAUGUUGGAAAAGGGGAGGAUGGAUGUCGAUGUGGUUAUUGCGGAUGAGAACAUGGAGUUAUUGGUGGUCGCGCAGCAGACGGUAUUGGUGUUAGAGGCGGGGAGGAAGUUUAGCAAGGGGAGGAAGGCGGCGCUUUAAGGUUCGUAGUCUCUUUAUCAAGAUAUUUUUGGGUCAUCUUGGCCUCGAUGCCACUGGGGUGGUGUGGUUUGGAUAGAAAAUCAAGCUGAGGUCUGCGUAAGUUAUGAACAGCAUACGCUAGAGAGAUUGUCUUGGUUAAUGUCCAUCUAACCAGUCGAGGGUGGGAUUAUACUACUUGCAUUGCUGAAUGCAAUGAUGCCGUCUUGAUAGUGUUGUUACAGAUGUGAACUGUGUAUA